AUGACUGAGGUUUCCUCAACCCGUCUUUAUCUUGGGAACCUUCCCCGCAACGUGACCAAAAGCGACAUCGAGGAACAUUUCAGCAGCCAUGGCUCCGGUAAGAUCACGGAGAUCAAGUUGAUGAACGGUUUCGGCUUUAUCGAAUAUGACGACCAGCUGGAUGCCAGAGAUAUUGUGCCCGACGGCAGUGACUUCAAAGGCGAGCGACUCACCGUUCAGUUCGCGCGCGGCCCGCGCCGCAAGGAGGCUUUCCCGGGACCACCAGACCGCAAUGCUCUCCCUCGUCCACGUCGCACUAUGUUCCGCAUGCAGAUUUCCGGUCUUCCAGAAACAAGUUGGCAGGACCUGAAAGACUUCGCCCGCCAGUCUGGACUGGACGUGGUGUACUCUGAGACUGGCCGAGAACAGGGCAGAGGGUUUGUGGAAUUUGAAACCGCCAACGACCUGAAGACCGCCGUGGAGAAACUGGACCAGCGCGAGUUCAAGGGCUCCGUUGUAUCUUGUGUCGCCGAUAUUCAGAACUUUGAGGAACGUCCCGUUCGUGACCCAUACCGGUCUCGUUCCCCACCUCGUCGCCCCUACCCUGCCACCAUGGAGGAGUACGACCGCCGGAUCCCUCCCCCACGUGGCUACAGUCCUCGGGAGCACUACCGUGAGCGGUCGCCGAUUCCAAUCCGCCGCGAUCCCUACUAUGAACGGGAUGGCUAUGCCCGCCGGACUCCCCCUCGCCCUCGGAUGGAAGACUACCCACCUCCACGUCGUCCGUAUGAAGACCCCUACGAGGCCCGGCCUCCCCCACCUCCUCGCCACUAUGAUGAUCCCUACCUAGCUGCUCGUGGUUAUGGUCGUCCUCGCUCUCCACCGAGAGGCGAGUAUGUGCCUUACGACCGUCCUCGCUACUGGUAG